AUGACGGCAUUUUUUCCCAGUGUUCCCAACUGGAUUCAAGAUGCAAAGCAGGAGGAGGAAGAGACAGGCUGGAAAUUAGUCCCCAGACCAAGAGGUGAAGAGACCGAAAGUCAGGGAAAAUGCCAAUGUGAAAUAUCGGACACCUCCUUCACUAAUGUGGACAAGCUGAGAACUCACACACUUUCUCAUACUGAGCAGAGACCGUACAACUGCCCUCAGCUGCACUGUGGCAAAGCCUUUGCUUCUAAGUACAAGCUAUAUAGGCAUAUGGCCACUCACUCUGCUCAGAAGCCUCAUCAGUGUAUGUACUGCGAGAAGAUGUUUCACCGGAAAGAUCACCUUCGCAACCACCUCCAGACCCACGAUCCCAACAAGGAGGCCCUCCACUGCCCUGAGUGUGGCAAGAACUACAACACGAAACUCGGCUUCAGGCGACAUCUGGCCAUGCACGCAGCUGCCAGCGGUGAUCUCAGCUGCAAGGUGUGCCUCCAGACAUUUGAAAGUACCCAAGUCCUGCUGGAGCACCUCAAAGCUCAUUCUAGGCGGGCUUCUGGUGGAGCGAAGGAAAAGAAGCAUCCAUGUGACCACUGUGACAGGCGCUUCUACACCCGGAAAGAUGUGCGGAGACACUUGGUAGUGCACACGGGGCGGAAGGACUUCUUGUGCCAGUACUGUGCUCAGAGGUUUGGGCGGAAAGAUCAUCUGACCAGGCACAUGAAGAAAAGCCACUCCCAGGAACUGCUGAAGAUUAAGACAGAGCCAGUUGACAUGCUGGGUCUCCUCAGCUGCAGCUCAUCUGUCGCAGUGAAAGAAGAGCUGAGUCCCGUCCUGUGUAUGGCAUCCAGAGACAUGAUAGGUGGUAAGAGCUUCCCUGGCAUGUUGCCUGUGGGCAUGUACAGCACGCAUCUCCAAACCAUGCCAAGCUCAGGGAUGCCCCAUUCUUUGGUUCCUAAUUCUCUUCCAAUGGGAAUGAGCUAUCCUCUGGAGUCUUCUUCUCCCAUCUCCUCCCCACCGCAACCUCCUCCAAAGUAUCAGCUUGGAUCUACCUCAUAUUUGCCUGAGAAACUACCCAAAGUAGAGGUGGACAGCUUUUUGUCAGACUUCCCUGGCAGCCUGUCUCUCUCAUCUGGUGAGCCUCAGUCCUCUUCGCCUCAGCCACCCCCCCUGGAUGAGGCUUUGCUUUCCAAGAGCCCUGCUAACCUUUCAGAGGCUCUCUGUGCUGCUAACAUGGACUUUUCUCAUCUUCUUGGCUUCCUCCCCCUAAAUCUUCCUCCUUGCAAUCCACCUGUGUCAUCAGGGGGAUUGGUCAUGGGCUACUCACAGGGGGACACACAGCCACUGCUUACCACUUUGCAACAUCAACCUCAAGAAUCUCCUGGAGCUGGGGCCUCGCUGAACUUUGGGCCCCUUCAUUCAUUGCCCCCUGUCUUCACCUCCAGCUUGAGCACAACCACGCUGCCACGUUUCCACCAGGCAUUUCAGUAAGCUGAAAAUAGCACUGGAGAACAGAUCUUUCAGUCACCCUUUUGCGGAGAGCCUUAAAAACGCACAACUCUUACUUCCCUUUGGGGUGUGAAAGCUUUGCAAAGCUGUUUCAGACAGGAGGUUUCUGAUCUCUGGAGGGAGCACUUGUAGACUGGAA